GCUGCGGGCCUGGGGGAGUGGGACAAGAGUUGCAGACCUGACUUAGUUGCAGAAUAAAUAGUUCGUGGGUGGAAGAUGUCUAUGGAUGUGACGUUUCUGGGGACAGGUGCAGCAUACCCCUCCCCAACCCGGGGUGCCUCUGCUCUGGUCCUUCGGUGUGAGGGCGAGUGCUGGCUCUUUGACUGUGGGGAAGGAACCCAGACACAGCUUAUGAAAAGCCAACUUAAAGCAGGGAGAAUUACCAAGAUCUUCAUCACGCAUCUUCAUGGAGACCAUUUCUUUGGCCUUCCUGGCCUCCUCUGCACAAUCAGCCUGCAGAGUGGCUCCAUGGUCACCAAACAGCCUAUCGAAAUCUACGGCCCUGCAGGGCUUCGAGACUUUAUCUGGCAAACCAUGGAACUUUCUCACACGGAGUUGGUCUUCCCUUAUGUUGUCCAUGAGCUGGUGCCUACAGCGGAUCAGUGUCCUACAGAAGAACUGAAAGAAUUUGUACACAUGACUAGAGCAGACAGCCCUCCCAAAGAGGGACAAGGAAGAACUAUCCUGUUAGACUCAGAAGAAAACUCAUACCUUCUGGUUGAUGAUGAACAGUUUGUUGUGAAAGCAUUUCGCCUCUUUCACCGAAUACCUUCCUUUGGGUUUUCAGUCAUGGAGAAGAAACGCCCAGGGAAACUCAAUGCCCAGAAACUGAAAGACCUCGUUUGCUUAUUGAGAGAAAUCCUUGGAGCCAAAAGAUGUUAUUCAAAGCAAAAACCAAGUGUUCCGCCAGGUCCUGCCUAUGGGAAGCUGAAAAAUGGAAUUUCUGUUGUUCUGGAAAAUGGAGUUACAAUUUCUCCCCAGGAUGUCUUAAAAAAACCUAUCGUUGGAAGAAAAAUCUGCAUUUUGGGUGACUGUUCUGGGGUUGUGGGUGAUGGAGGAGUGAAGCUGUGCUUUGAAGCAGACCUGUUGAUCCAUGAAGCGACCCUGGAUGACGCCCAGAUGGACAAAGCAAAGGAGCACGGCCACAGCACGCCACAGAUGGCAGCAGCAUUUGCAAAGUUGUGCCAAGCAAAGAGGCUGGUUCUGACUCACUUCAGUCAGAGGUACAAACCAGUUGCCUUGGCCAGAGAAGGAGAAACAGAUGGGAUUGUAGAACUAAAAAAGCAAGCUGAAUCAGUGUUAGAUCUCCAAGAAGUGACUUUGGCGGAAGAUUUUAUGGUGAUUGGCAUUCCGAUCAAGAAAUGAAACCAGUGUUCUGAAUGCGUACUGACAUGUCUGUGAAUAUGUUACUGAACCAACAGUCCAGUUUGUUAUUGU